GAGAUGGCUGAAAUAACGAAUCUAAAUUCUCUAAUAAAAUUAAAUGAUAAUAGAGAUACGUUAUUAUACCCUAAUACAGAUGAUAUUAUCUCUCUAUUGCAGUCUAGAUUUAGAUUAGAUCUCCCGUUUAUCAAACUAGGCUCAUCUUCAUUCAUUACGAUAAACCCUUUAAAGCAUUUACAAUCUUAUAAUGCAGAGUCCCAGAGAGAGUAUAAAGAUCUCACUUAUGACCCUUCAACGAGCAUUUUACAACCACACCCUUACGAUCUGUCAUCGCGUAUCUUACUAUCUUUGAAAAGAAAAUCUGUCAGUCAGGCAGUAAUAUACAACGGUCUUACAGGUUCUGGUAAAUCCUUCAACAGAUCACUCAUCACGAAUCAACUACUCUUUCUUACAAAUACAUCCUUGGAAUCUUCUCAAUUGAUUGAAAAGAUACAAGCUUUGGAUGUUAUCAUAAACAGCUUUGGUAAUGCUAAAACUUCCCUUUCAAGUAACGCUUCAAGACAUUCCAUUCUUCAUGAAUUACAAUUCACGAAAUCUGGUAAACUCAUUGGUUCUAAAUCUCUUCCUUUCAAUCUAGACAAAUCUAGACUCUCUCUUUUGGGUCCAGAUGAGCGCUCAUUUCACGUCUUUUAUCAGUUCUUAGCAGGUGCACCGCCAAACUUGCAACAAUUAUAUGAACUACAGGAUCCAAGCUCAUAUGCAAUGUUAGCAUCAAGCGGUUGCUUUAAACUCCCAUUUGGUCCAUUCUCUGAUGAUCACGCUGGGUAUAAUUCUCUCUACGAUGCUUUCAUCACCUUGGGCUUUAAGCAAAAGCACAUUGAUGCUAUCUGGAGUUUAAUCGUGGCUAUUCUGACACUUUCGAAUAUCGAAUUCAGUGACGCUGAAACAAGAGAUACCUCGGCAGCAGUUUCAACUACUCAUGAAUUGGAAAUUGCAUCUCAUCUACUUGGUAUCGAACCUGAUGAAUUGGAAGUCUUGCUCGUUAACAGAAGCGUUUAUAUUAAGAAGGAUAUCAGCACUCAUCUUCUUGAUGCUAAAGGUGCUUCCCUUCAACGUGAUCACCUCAUACAAGACCUCUACGCUAUACUUUUUGCAUACGUCAUCGAAUCCGGUAACCAUAAACUUGUCAGUGAGAGAAGCGCAUUACAAGUUUUACAAUUUGAUAUACCUGGAUUCAGUAACAGAUCACCAACCAAUUCAGUCAUGUCUAGGCAAUCAUACCCACUCAUCAAUUCAACAACUAGUGGCUAUCACGACUUUAAUAUCAAUUAUACUGCUGAAAUCCUCAACUCAUACCUCUUAAGAAGGGUCUUCGAUGACAGUAGCGCUUACAAUGGUAUGCAAACUAACGAUGGUCUUCAAUUACCAAACAAGGGUAUCGCCAAUAGUGAGACAUUGCACUUAUUACGCGGUUCAUCUACAUAUCCAUCAACACAUCCACCACCUGGUAAACCAUUGGGUGUAUUGGGCUUACUCAAUCAAUCUGGAAAACAGAUAAAAAGUGGUACAUUACUUGAGAAGAAUGCUGAUGAUGCUUUCAUUAAUUCAAUUGGUGGUGCUUUCCAUACGCACAAAGCUUUUGUUUUCACUCCUCCCACAUAUGGUAACUCAGCUAGUUCACAAUUCACCAUCAAUCACUAUGCUGGACACGUUAGUUAUGAUGCACAUGACUUCAUCCAACGUGACCAAGAUAGACUUGAUCCGUUGACAGUGUCAACUUUGCGUUCAUCAAAUAGCUCAUUUAUUGGGAAACUCUUCAGUGGCCCUUCAUUAUUCACGAAGAUGCAUCCUGUUGAUGAAGAGACCAUCGCUGAUUCUCAAAUCUCUUCUAUGCCACUAAGAGACGUUUCACCGAUUACUAACCCAAUUGAUGCUGGUCUUUCGCAAGCUACUUCCAAGCAAAAUCUCAGCAGUUAUGAGAUUCACCCUAUCUCUUCACAAAUUGAUGUGAGCUUGGCUGACAUGCUCAACGCCGUUGACAAAUGCCAACUUUGGAGCGUAAUCUCUUUGCGUCCAAAUGAUAGUUUAUCUCCAAAUGCAAUUGAUAAACGUAGAUUAAGAUAUCAGUUGGAUGCUCUUUCAAUUGCUGAUACUAUCGCAAGAAAGAGAGCUGAGUAUGUAUCUCAUUACACCUUUGAGGAUUUCUGUAUGAGAUAUAUAUCUGGUGAGCCUGUUGACGAUAGUGAUGUCGCAAAGCAAGCUGCGCAAACUUAUCUCACUGAACACGAGCUCGGCAAUGGACUAGACUACGAACUUGGUAACGAGUAUGUUUGGUUGAGUUAUGCAGCUUGGAAGAUACUAGAAGAUGAUAUUAGAGAUAUAAACGAAGAAGAGCAUAGCGAAGGUGAAGACAGCUAUGGUGAACUUCCAAAGGAAAUGACAGUGGACAGACCAGAUAUGACUCGUGCAUCCACAAACUUUGUCCCAAUGACAACUACUCCAUACAAUGAAUCAGAUGACGGUUAUGGAUUCCCACAGACCGUUACAAAAAAUUAUGAACCAGUCGACGACGAAACGCCAUCAUAUACGAAGAAGGAUUUCAAUGAUGAUGAUGAGUCAGGUUUAGAGUAUGGAUGGACAGACAAAGAUGCAAUAUCAGAGAAGAGUAGAUCACAAAGUUUCAUCGCACAACGCCAACAAGAUGUUCAAAAGGCUCCUCGUAGUACUUCCAGACGUCUAUGGGUGAAGUUAGUUUGGGCAUUUACUUGGUUUAUUCCCUCUUUCUUGCUUUCAACCAUAGGUAGAAUGAAGCGUCCAGAUGUACGUUUUGCAUGGAGAGAAAAACUCACACUUUGCAUGCUUAUUGCAUUAUUCUGCGGUAUAGUCUUGUUCUACAUUAUUGGAUUCGGUAAAAUUCUCUGUCCAAGGUAUAAUAAAGCAUGGAGUGAAGGCCAACUUGGAGAAUAUACCGCUGAUGAUAAUUUCUGGGUCGGUAUUAGAGGUUCAGUAUAUGACAUUUCAGACUUUUGGAGAUCUCAGCAUUCAGAUAUUGAUUCUCGCCCAGUAUCUUCGGAUUUGAUGCAUCAACUCGCUGGUUUAGAUCUCACAGAUUAUUUCCCUCCACCGCUUGAGUGGGCUUGCGAAGGUUUGACGGAUGGAGACGUUCCAACCUUCAACGCACAAAAGCAAUUAGAAGUACCAACAGCAGAUCAUACGUCCGGUAGACAAUACCAAGGAGCAGAAAGCACCGCUUUGGAAUCUUCCAACUGGUAUGCGGACACUUUCCUUCCAAAAAUGAAACCAAUGUUGAAAGGAUCGAUGGUUAUACAGAAGAGCGACGUUGAGAAGGAUGGAUUUGACAAUAACAAGCAGAAAGCUAUUUAUGACAAUGGCGUUUACGACUUAACGACCUACUUGUCAACAUUGGAUUACUAUCAAUCUACAAAUGACAAAGUAGAAUAUAUGGAUAAGAGUGUUACGGAUCUUUUCAAAAAGAAUGCUGGUCAAGAUAUCACCAAAGAUCUUAACAAUGUUUUGAACGGUAUGGAUAGCACACGUGCCAAUCAACAUAAACAAUGCCUUAAACGUGCUCAUUUUCUCGGAGAAGUUGACUUUAGAGAUACUCCUAGAUGUCAAGUACAGAAUUACAUUCUGUUGUCUUUCACUGUUUUCCUCUGUUGCAUUCUCCUCGUCAAAUUCCUUUCUGCUUUGCAAUUGGGUAGCAAACGUAAACCUGAGUUGCAAGAUAAAUUCAUUAUUUGCCAGGUACCUGCAUACACAGAAGGAGAAGAAUCGCUCAAGAAGACUAUUGAUAGUUUAGCUGGGUUAGAGUAUGACGAUAAACGCAAGUUGAUCUUGGUUAUUUGUGAUGGUAACAUCAUUGGUGGUGGUAAUGAUAGGACAACACCUCGUAUAGUUUUGGAUAUAUUUGGAGUUGAUCCUCAAAUUGAUCCUGAACCAUUGUUGUUUAAGUCUCUCGGCGAGGGUGGAAAACAAAUGAAUUACGGAAAAGUAUACUCAGGUCUUUACGAAUUUGAAGGUCACGUCGUUCCUUUCAUGGUUGUUGCAAAAGUUGGUAAACCUACGGAGCGUUCAAAACCUGGUAAUAGAGGUAAACGUGAUUCACAAAUUCUAGUCAUGAGAUUCCUCAAUAGAGUUCACUUUAAUAGUCCAAUGUACCCACUUGAACUGGAAAUGAUGCAUCAGAUGAAGAAUAUUAUAGGAAUUGAUCCUAGUUUCUAUGAAUAUUUGUUCAUGGUUGAUGCAGAUACAUCCGUUACACCCGAAGCUGCAAAUCGCCUAGUAGCGAAUUGCGUAGAUGAUAGUGCAAUCAUUGGUAUAUGUGGUGAAACUCGUCUUGACAAUGAAGAAGAUAGUUGGUGGACUAUGAUACAAGUUUACGAAUAUUUCAUUUCACAUCAUUUAGCUAAAGCUUUCGAAAGUUUAUUCGGUACUGUCACUUGUCUUCCUGGUUGUUUCUCUAUGUAUAGGUUACGCACAGAAGAUAAAGGUAAACCACUGAUUAUUUCAACUCGGGUUAUAGAGGAUUAUUCGGAGAAUAACGUUGAUACUCUUCAUAAAAAGAAUUUGCUUUCUUUAGGUGAAGAUCGUUACCUCACUACUAUUAUGUUGAAAUACUUCGCUUCAUUUAAGUUGAAGUUUACAGCUGAUGCUAUUGCUCACACUGCAGCUCCUGAAACUUGGUCCAUUUUGAUGUCACAGAGACGUAGAUGGAUUAAUUCUACUGUUCACAACUUUACAGAGUUGAUCAAUUUACCUGAUAUCUGCGGUUUCUUAUGUUUCAGUAUGAGAUUCAUCGUUAUUAUCGAUCUUAUUUCGACUAUUCUUCUACCAGCAGUACUUAUUUAUCUCAUUUAUCUUAUUACUAUUGUCGCUAUUGGUCAGGGACCAUUCCCAAUCAUCACAAUCAUUAUGCUUGCUGCUACAUAUGGUUUCCAAAUCGUAAUCUUCUUAUUAAAGAGAGAAUGGCAAUACGUCGGUUGGAUGUUGAUUUACUUAAUCAGUUAUCCACUGUGGUCGUUCUAUCUUCCGCUCUACUCAUUCUGGCAUUUCGAUGAUUUCGGUUGGGGUUCCACAAGAGUUGUUAUUGGUGAGAAGGGACACACUAAGAUUGUAGCUACGGAUGAGGAACCGUUUGACGAGAGUCAAUUACCAUUGAAGACUUUUGAUGAUUACGAGCAAGAAUUAUAUACCAAGACAAAUGGUUCAAAUCCAUUCAGUGAUGCCAGAGGAAUGAGUUCCACAAUCUCUGAUUUCCAAUUCCCACCACCUCAAGCUAAUAUGAAUAUGCCACGUCCUUAUUCAACUUACACACUCGCAACAAAUAACCUAAUGCCGAAUAAUCCAUAUGCACCAACGCCUUCACCAUACAAUCCACCAGGGUUGGCACCAUCAAGGAUGAGCAGAAUGAGUUUCAAUCCGUACGCAUCAAUGUAUGGAAUGAGUGAGCAACAACUGCUCCCUCAAUCGCACUCCCAAUCACAAUUUGGAUUCGGUAUGCCAACACCUCAAUCUGAUGUACAGACAGCGUCUAGACCUGCAUCAGCAGCUUAUUCAACAUCCCUAAGUGAUCCAACUGAUGAUAACAUUCUUAUGUCAUUAAGACAAUAUCUUGCUACAACACCAUUAAUGCAAGUCACGAAACGAACGGCACGAGAACAUAUUGCAGAACGUUACCCUGAAGUUGAUAUUGAGAAUAAGAAAGAUUUCAUUAAUAGCUCAAUUGAUGCUAUAUUGGAGGGUAGAAUUUAGCUUAUUAACUUAUAAUCAAGCAAUAAAUAGUUCAUGGACAAUCAAUCAUAUUUAUAUAUUAUUUAUCGCAAAAAGUUGAAUUAUUUUAAAAACAAUGAACAAUUUCUUCUUUAUCUAAUUAUUUCUUUUAGCAUCUUUUCGACUUAUCAUUUUUGUCUUCAUGCAUGGCAUUAAAGUAGUA